AUGGCGAUCAGAGGCGCUUCGUCUCUUGGAGCGGACGAGGGGGAGGAAGUGAAGAUGGACGACCACGCAGACACGCUGGAGGACGAAGGGGUGCUCUUUGUGGACGGCGACGACGAAGACGAACAGCCGAUGAGCGUAGAUCAUGACUCAAAGGACCAAGUGAAGAAGGCUCGAGAGCAGUUGCCGUCUUCUGCGGCCUCCCGCGUGAAGGCUGAAGAGGAGGCGCAAGAGAACGGCGGGCUCUCGUCCGACUCCAGUGAAGAGGAAAAAGAAGAGGAAGAAGAGGAGGAAGAUGAAGAGGAAGAGGCAGACGAGAGCGGUAGUGACGACGACCCGGUCGUGAGGGAAAUUGAUGUGUAUCUUCGGCGUCUCGACACUUCCAGUGCAACGUCCGUUUACGUUCUUCAGUACCCCCUGCGGCCGCUGUAUCGACCGUACGGUGAUCACGGCCAGCUGCUCGAGGUCGCGUACCGAGAGAGACAGCGGACGUUGCAGUUUGCCUACGGGCUGCACACGGGCGGCGACAACUUCGAUCCUUCGCACCCGAUGAAUGUGGAGGCCGAGCGCGCCGGCUCUUCGGGUUGUGAUGACCCCGCGCCUGGGGGGAAGACCGGGGCGACCGAGCGGAGCGAGGAACGUCGGCCGAAACACAUUCUGAAGAGCCAGCGCGCACUCGCGGGAGACUGCAGCUACGCCGUCGGGAUCUUGAAAAAGGACAAAAUCUUCAUCACGCCCGUGGACCACGUGCUCCAGUUCCGCCCCGACUUUACGCAGAUUGAGCAGCUGCAGAAGGCAAGCUACCCGGCGGGGCGACGGCUGUCUGCCUCGGGCGACUCGCGCGCGGCUGCGCCUGCUCUCAGGCGAAGAAACGAAGAGAAAGACAAACUCGAGGCGGCGCCUGCAGGCUCCGGCGAGGCACCGGCGGCCGAGACAGCGAGAGGAGACGCGCCGAGAGCCGGAGCAGCGACGCGGCCAGGCGGCGAGCGGCCUGCGACCGUGGUGGCGAACUCUGGAGAAGGGCGAGGCAAAAUAUCGCACAGUCGACAGAGAGACAUCGAGGAAAGCGAACAGUGGCUGACGCUAGAGACGUUUUACGACGCGGACACUCCGGAGGCUCUUGACAUCAUUCGCACGCUGUGCAGCACGCCCGUGGCAUCCGACGACGAAGACGAGAAGACAGAAGAAGACCUCCUCGCCGAGCCUUCCGCUGCGCCCGCUUCUUCGCCUCCCUCGUCUGCGAGUCAAGACAUUUUGUUCGUCUCCAACACGCGCAGCUAUUUGCGAGCUCUCUGCGGUCACACGGCAGAGAAACCAAGCACUGGAGGAAGCGCUGCGCAGAACGCUGCGCAUGCAACGGGGCCUCUGGGAUACGGCGCGCUCGCAAAACUCUCUCCGGAUCAACAGGUGUUUACGAUUCUCCGUCACCGGCACGUCGAGAGUUUCGCGACGAUUCAGCGGCUGUUGACUGCCCCGAUGGCUGAGAGCGACUUGCUGCGUCUCCUUCUGCAGUACGCCGUCUUGGUGCUGGGAAACUGGGCGAUAAAAUCCAUGUAUGUGUACGACGACAUGUACGAAAUCAGUUGCCGCGAUCUCCUCCUGGCCCUCCUCAUCCGGAGCGGCUCGGCCUUCGCCCCCGCCACCCAAGGCGCUCCAGGCGGAGACGCCACGCUCCCCUCGUCUGUGGGGCUGCCCAAGGAGGCCUUCCGCAGUGCGACGCGCCUGCCUGUCGACAGAGUGACUCAAAUGCUUCAAGAGGUAGCAGUGUGUUCUUCCUCGGCGUGGCGCCUGAAGAUUCCUCCAGACACUUCGUUCUUGGCAGCGCACCCUGCGAUUCAGAAACACUUUGACCAGUGGUGGAGACAAAGACUGCAGCAAGUCGUGAAGGAAGUGCACCAGCGUCGGGACGCACGCGCCAGCCCUCAGGGCGCCGCGGCUGCCGGCGAAGAAGGCAAGACGAAGGACGCAGCAGCUGCGGUGUCUCCUGCGCUGCUCCAGCUCGCUGGGCGUCUCUGCUCCUCUGUAUUGAAAGCGCAAGGCGCGCUCACCUUCCAGCAGUUGCGGGAGACUCUGAACAGCAAAAACGACGACUUCCUGGCGGUGGCGGACCGCGACCUCGAACGCGUUCUCCAGACAGUCGCGAUUCAAGUUGGAACUGUAUGGAUCGUGCCCAAGGUCGGCAACGCCCAGAGCGACUUGUAUCGCGACUGCUUGAUUGAAGUGUUGAAAAAGCAGACGCAGCCGCAGUCGAAGGCGACGAUUGUUCAGGAAAUGACCCAGGCGCUCAAUCGACGGGUCGAUCUCCCAGACUUCACGCUUCGAAAGUUGCUGAGAGAGCUGGCGGUGAACGAGGGCGGUUUUUGGUCCUUCAAGGGCCGCGCCACGGAGACAGGAGACGGCGACGUGCCUCUUCCGCAAGGCUUCUAA